AUGCUACACUCGCCAUCCAAACGGCGAUACUCCACAGAGGAGAAGAAGCAGUUGCUAGCUAACCUGGACCUAGAAGUCGAGCACCGAACGCGCCAAAUCGAGGAAUGGCUUGCCGAUACACUCGAGAACUUCCGGAGACACCAAGAAGGCCUCAUUUUGCGCAUGCCACGUCUCGUGCGUGAGAUCACGCUGAGGGACUUUGCGAAGUACAAUGGUAACGUACAAGAGUGCGUGAAAGGCCUUAAGCGUGAGGUCCUCGGCACGGAAGACAAUGCCAUCGACAAGGGGACGAGGAAGCGGAAAUGGGUCGCCUCUCAGGACGCGUUUGAGAAAACAGAGGGCGGUGCGGUGGCAGGACCGAGUACAUUGCGCGACGCAGAGUCUUCGAGAGGCGUGAAGAGUGGUUUGUACAUGUUCAUUCUUGAUGAUACCCCUCUCACAUUGAACGCAGCCCGGACAAUGAUUGCUACGCCAAAGAAGAGACCCGGGCCUUCGAACGGCCAGGGUGCAGCACAAAGACCACGCAAACUUGUGUCUCCGUCCAAACUCCCCCAUGCUGCACAUGCAUCACGGCCCAUCCGCCCGCCAUCCUCGUCAAUAUUCAACCCAUCGCUCCCUCCACAACCGCGCUGGCCCCGCAGGGACGAGAGCAUGCUUAGCGUCAACGGCUCGCCCCUUGCGAACCCGUUCCAGAUGGGGCUCAAGGGCUACCUGCGCACCGUCGCCGAAGAUGGCGAUGACUUCUCCGACAGUGACGGUAGCGGCUCGGAGCUGCCAAUGCUCGGCAGCAAGUCUAUAAGAAAGAAGAACAGCAUCAUCAUUCACCCGUCUUCAUCACAUCCAGCGCCGUCAUUAAACGGCCUACACUCACGGACAAAUUCACAGUCCAGUACGCUGGGUCUCUCACAUACGUCGCACGCCACACACUCUCGCUCGAAUUCACACACAAGCACGAACGGGUUUAUGCCAACCCGCAAUACUCACCCGCCGAACGGCGCCACAGCGCCCAACACGACGCCGAAGAACCCUUUGCUGACACUGUCUGCGCUCGUGUCCGUGCCCACAAAGGAUGGCCACGUCCUCGAGUUUGAUCCUUUGCGGACAUCUCCUGAGGAGCUGGACGCCCUAGAUGGCAUCACGGACAGCGCGAAGAAGCAGGCCAAGGAGGAUAUGUCGCGCCUAAUACAGGCCGCAGUGGAGCGAUGGAAGAUCAGCUGA